AUGUCGUCUGGCCGGAGAUGUUCAGGAGUGUCGGGUCUCGGGGGCGGAGCCGUGUCUCCGGGGCCCGUGGUGGUGGAGGUGGCAGAGCCGGGUACCGGUGAGGGCCACAGGGAGCUGUUCGAGGCCUGUCGGAGCGGAGACCUGGAGCGGGUUCGGAAACUGGUGACGGCCGAGAACGUGAACAGCAGAGACACGGCGGGCCGGAAAUCCACGCCGCUGCACUUCGCUGCAGGCUUUGGCCGUAAAGACGUGGUGGACUUCCUCCUCCAGAACGGCGCCAACGUCCAUGCCAGGGAUGAUGGCGGUCCGAUAUCGCUCCACAACGCCUGCUCCUUCGGCCACGCCGAGGUUGUGAGUCUGCUGCUUCACCACGGGGCGGACGCCAAUGCCAGAGACAACUGGAACUACACCCCGCUCCACGAGGCAGCCAUCAAGGGCAAGAUCGAUGUGUGCAUAGUGUUGUUGCAGCACGAUGCUGAGCCGACCAUCAGGAACACCGACGGUCGAACCGCUCUAGAUCUCGCUGAUGCGUCCGCCGCCAAAGCAGUCCUGACAGGUGAAUACAGAAAAGAUGAGCUUCUGGAAAGUGCCAGGAGCGGGAACGAACAGAAGCUGAUGGCUCUGCUGACGCCGCUCAACGUCAACUGUCACGCCAGUGAUGGGCGAAAGUCAACGCCGCUACACCUCGCCGCUGGUUACAACCGUGUGAAGACGGUGCAGCUGUUACUGCAGCACGGUGCUGACGUACACGCCAAGGAUAAGGGGGACCUGGUUCCUCUUCAUAACGCCUGUUCGUACGGCCACUACGAGGUCAUCGAGCUGCUGAUGAAGCACGGCGCCUGCGUGAACGCCAUGGACCUGUGGCAGUUCACGCCUCUGCAUGAAGCUGCUUCCAAGAACCGCGUUGAGGUGUGCUCUCUGCUGCUGAGCUACGGCGCCGACCCCACCUUCCUGAACUGUUACAAUAAAAGCUCCAUCGACCUCGCUCCAACCGCACAGCUGAAGGAGCGGCUCGCCUAUGAGUUCAGAGGUCACAGCCUGCUGCAGGCGGCGAGGGACGCCGACAUGGUUCAAGUGAAGAAGCAUCUGAGCGUGGAGACCAUCAGCUUCAAACACCCGCACACUCAGGAGACGGCGCUGCAUUGUGCGUCUGCCUCUAGGUACCCAAAGAGGAAGCAAGUAUGUGAAGUUCUGCUGAGGAAGGGUGCCAACGUCAACGAGAAGACUAAAGACCUGCAGACCCCGCUCCACGUGGCGUCAGAGAAAGCCCACAACGAUGUCAUUGAGGUUCUGGUGAAACAUGAAGCGAAGGUGAACGCGGUAGAUCAUCUUGGCCAAACGGCGCUGCAUCGAGCCGCUCGCUGCGGCCACCUGCAGACCUGCAGGCUGCUGCUGACCGCCGGCUGCGACCCGCUGCUCACGUCGCUGCAGGGAUUGUCACCAUCACAGCUGGGCAACGAGAGCGUGCAGGAGAUACUGCAAGAAGGAUUUCUGAUCGGGAACUCUGAAGUCGACCGACAGCUGCUAGAAGCGUCCAAAUCUGGAGAUGUGGACGUCGUCAAGAGGCUCUGCACAGCACAGAACGUGAACUGCAGGGACGUGGAGGGUCGGCAGUCCACGCCGCUGCAUUUUGCUGCCGGCUACAACCGUCUGGCAGUCGUCCAGUUCCUGCUGCAGCACGGAGCCGACGUCCACGCCAAGGAUAAAGGCGGUUUGGUUCCUCUCCAUAACGCCUGUUCCUACAGUCAUUAUGAAGUCGCAGAGCUGCUCGUUCUUCACGGCGCCGUGGUCAACGUGGCUGACCUCUGGAAGUUCACACCGCUGCACGAAGCUGCCGCCAAAGGCAAAUACGAUAUCUGCAAACUCCUGCUGCAGCAUGGCGCCGACCCAACCCGGAAAAACCGGGACGGUAACACCCCUCUGGAUCUGGUGAAAGAUGCCGACACGGACAUCCAGGACCUCCUGCGGGGUGACGCCGCCCUGCUGGACGCCGCCAAGAAAGGCUGCCUGGCUCGAGUGAAGAAACUCUGUACUCAAGACAACGUUAACUGUCGAGACCAACACGGGAGGCACUCCACGCCGCUGCACUUGGCCGCGGGCUAUAAUAACUUGGAGGUGGCAGAGUACCUUUUGCAGCACGGAGCUGAGGUCAACUCUCAGGACAAAGGUGGACUGAUCCCUCUGCACAAUGCUGCCUCGUACGGGCACGUGGAUGUGGCGGCUCUCCUUAUCAAGUACGACGCCUGUGUUAACGGCACUGAUAAGUGGGCGUUCACGCCACUGCACGAGGCCGCUCAGAAGGGACGCACGCAGCUUUGUGUUCUCCUAUUGGCUCACGGCGCUGACCCGACCCUGCGGAACCAGGAAGGACAGUCGCCUCUGGACCUGGUCACAGCUGAUGAUGUCCGGGCCUUGCUAACAGCGGCGAUGCCUCCCUCUGCUUUCCCUGGCUGUUACAAACCUCAGGUCAUCAGCGUAGCGGUGUCUGCCUCCGGUGCGCCACCUGUCACCGCCAUCCCACCACUCCUCUCCUCCAACCCUUCCUCGUCAUCCGCCUGCCCCACACCUUCUCUCCUCCUGUCUUCUUCCCCUUCCACCUCUUCCUCCUCCACAUCUGCAGCAGGAUCCCCAGGCACAGAGAAAAAAGAUGAAGGGACUGAGCUCAGCAUCUGUCAGUUCUUGGAGAACCUGGGGUUGGAGCAUCUUCUGGAGAUCUUUGACAGGGAGCAGAUCACUCUAGACGUUCUGGUGGAGAUGGGUCAUCGCGAGCUGAAGGAGAUCGGCAUCAACGCCUACGGACACAGACACAAGAUCAUCAAAGGAGUGGAGAGGCUCAUCAGUGGGCCGCAGAGUCUGAAUCCGUAUCUGACGCUGAACACAGCCAACAGUGGGACGAUCUUAAUCGACCUCUCGGCCGACGACAAGGAGUUCCAGUCGGUGGAGGAGGAGAUGCAGAGCACCAUCAGAGAGCACCGAGACGGCGGCCACGCUGGAGGAGUCUUCAACAGAUACAACCUGGUCAAGAUCCAGAAGGUCUGCAACAAGAAGCUGUGGGAGAGGUACAGCCACCGCAGGAAGGAAGUGUCUGAGGAAAACCACAACCACUCCAAUGAGCGCAUGCUGUUUCACGGCUCGCCGUUUGUCAACGCCAUCAUCCAUAAAGGCUUCGAUGAACGCCACGCGUACAUCGGGGGGAUGUUCAGCGCCGGGAUUUACUUUGCAGAGAACUCGUCAAAGAGUAACCAGUACGUCUACGGCAUCGGAGGAGGGACGGGCUGUCCGCUCCACAAAGACCGCUCCUGCUAUGUCUGCCACAGGCACCUGUUGUUCUGCAGGGUGAUUCUGGGUAAAUCCUUCCUGCAGUUCAGCGCCAUGAAGAUGGCUCAUUCGCCGCCGGGUCACCACUUCGUCACCGGCAGGCCGAGCGUUAACGGCCUUGCUCUGGCCGAGUACGUCAUCUACAGAGGAGAGCAGGCCUACCCCGAGUACCUGAUCACCUACCAGAUCAUAAAGCCUGAAGCCUCCGCAGACGGAUGA